UGGGGGAGGAGCCCACAGGAGCAAGCUCAGAUUUGAAUGCCAGGGGCCAGUGCUCUGUCACACAUCGGCACUGAAGCAGCCUUGCUUGAAGCAAGCUUCCUUUGGCCUAAGACUUUGAGGGAGUCAAGAAAGUCACCCUGGAGACCGACAUGGACAGCCUUCUGAUGAAGCAAAAGAAGUUUCUUUACCACUUCAAAAAUGUCCGCUGGGCUAAGGGUCGGCAUGAAACCUACCUGUGCUAUGUGGUGAAGAGGAGAGACAGCGCCACCUCCUUCUCACUGGACUUCGGCCACCUUCGAAACAAGUCGGGCUGCCACGUGGAAUUGUUGUUCUUGCGCUACAUCUCGGACUGGGACCUGGACCCUGGCCGGUGUUACCGCGUCACCUGGUUCACCUCCUGGAGCCCCUGCUACGACUGUGCCCGGCACGUGGCUGAGUUUCUGAGAUGGAACCCCAACCUCAGCCUGAGGAUUUUCACCGCGCGUCUCUACUUCUGCGAAGACCGCAAGGCUGAGCCCGAGGGGCUGCGGAGGCUGCACCGCGCAGGGGUCCAGAUUGGGAUCAUGACCUUCAAAGACUAUUUUUAUUGCUGGAACACAUUUGUGGAAAAUCAUGAAAGAACUUUCAAAGCCUGGGAAGGGCUACAUGAAAACUCUGUCCGGCUAACCAGACAGCUUCGGCGCAUUCUUUUGCCCUUGUACGAAGUCGAUGACUUGCGAGAUGCAUUUCGUAUUUUGGGACUUUGAAAGCAACCUCCUGGAAUGUCACAUGUGAUGAAAUUUCUCUACUGAGGAGACUGGAUAGAAAAACAAUCCUUCAACUACCUGUUUUUCUUCUUAAGUACUCACUUUUAUAAGUGUAGGGGGGAAAUUAUAUGACUUUAAAAAAAAAUACUUGAGCUACAUAGGACCUCCAGAGCUAUGAUGCAACUGCGCUUUGUGUGCAACAUCGCCAUCUACUGGGGAACAGCAGAACUUCCAUCCUUUGGGCCAUAAAUGAUGCUCUCUCAUACUUUUCACCAGGAUGGAAAAGCUUAUGGAGAGGAUCACAAGGUUUGUUACGCCUACCCUCUGCUCUCUGAUUCAUUUGAAUUCCCAGGGGUAUCAGUGACGGAUUCUUCUACUCUUUUCCUCUGAGGCUCACUUUCAGGGGCCCUUUUCCGGCAAGGUCACGGUGCUGUCCUACAGUCUCUGAGCGAUCACAAGCCAUUCUCUCAAAAGCAUUAAUAUGCAGGCAAGUGCUGUGUCCGUCGUGUUUUUCAUAUUUGUAUGUGAGAGGGCUUGGGUGGGAUUUGAAGAAUGCAUGAUCACCUCUGGGUGAGUUUAAUAAAGGAUCAUAAAUGCAGAUGAGGACUACGAAGAAAUUACUCAAAAUGAGUUCAUGCUUCGAGAAGCAAGUCCCCUGGAAACAGACAAUUUUCAUUUUUAGUGUCAUCAGUUUACUUACAGUCUUAUCUAGAAAAAGUUCAAGAGUUCAAUCCAAUUUUCAGAUCGCUUCCCUUAAACAUCCGUAAUUCUGUUAAAGGGAUUAGCCACCCUCAUUUCUGAAGUAACUGGUGCCUUACUGUAAAGAAAGGAGCAGGAUAGCCAGAUCCAUACAGUUACCAUGGCCAGUAACCGCCACUUGUUUUCCAUUAAAAAUGACACAUUCUUCCGAGGGCUCUCCUCAUAGCAGCUGAGACAGACCACGGAGGUGGUGAACCUCCGGAUACUCUGGCCCAACACGGCUGGAAGCGGCAGAAAAGGCCCCACGUCCCUACUCUCCUUUCCCAAGACUCUUAAAGGAGCCUGUGAUUUAGAAGCAACACAAACUUCUAGUGAUGGACACCCGGGAGUUGUUUGAGUAUGGAGUGGUUAUUUACUCUCUCUGAUGAAUGGCAACAAGGUUAAAACAGAAUUUCCUAGUUUUUAUACAUGUGUGAUGCUGCUCCCCCAAGUUGUUAACUGUAUAAGAAGGUUGCAAAUAGAAUUGUAUCUGAUGCCAGGAAAAGCGGCAUUUACCUAUAGUUCCAGCAUUCAGGAGGCUGAAGCAGGAGGAUUGUAAAUUUGAGACCAGUCUGGGCUGAAAGGUGAGACCCUAUUUCAAACAGCGUGGCCAGGGUUGGGGUCAGGUAAAUAAUACUUAACAAGGAAAAGUGCAAGAUGCAAGACCAUGGCAAAGAAAUUCUGCUUCGCCCAGCACAAUGUAAGAAACCAACAUAGACUCCGUUUGUCCCUCUUUAUGCCUAGUCUCCCUAACAACGAUCUUUGCUGAUGAGAAAAAUAUUAGAAAAAAUAUCCCUGUGCUGUUAUUAUUACCCAGUCGCCAUUUUAAUGCAAUUAGAAUACCCACAGGAAAUCCUGUACACAUGACCGUUAUUUAUUGUAUGUAACUUGCCGAGGAAGAGGAGAAAAAAUAAAGAUCAUCAAUUCCUUCCUGCA